GGCCUUUUCCGAAUUGGGGCUGGGGCCUCCAAGUUAAAGAAACUGAAAGCUGCUUUAGACUGUUCUACUUCUCACCUGGAUGAGUUCUACUCUGACCCCCAUGCUGUUGCAGGUGCUUUAAAGUCCUAUUUACGGGAACUGCCUGAACCUCUGAUGACUUUUAAUCUGUAUGAAGAAUGGACACAAGUUGCAAGUGUGCAGGAUCAAGACAAAAAGCUUCAGGAUUUGUGGAGAACAUGUCAAAAGUUGCCACCACAAAAUUUUGUUAACUUUAGGUAUUUAAUCAAGUUCCUUGCAAAGCUUGCUCAGACCAGCGACGUCAAUAAAAUGACUCCCAGCAACAUUGCAAUUGUGUUAGGCCCUAACUUAUUAUGGGCCAAAACUGAAGGAACUCUGGCUGAAAUGGCAGCGGCCACCUCUGUCCACGUGGUUGCAGUCAUCGAGCCCAUUAUCCAGCAUGCCGACUGGUUCUUCCCUGAAGAGGUGGAAUUUAACGUAUCAGAAGCAUUUGUGCCUCUCGUCACCCCAAAUUCCAAUCACUCAUCUCACACUGGAAAUGACUCUGACUCAGGGACCCUCGAGAGAAAGCGACCUGCCAGCAUGGCGGUCAUGGAAGGGGACUUGGUGAAGAAGGAGAGCUUUGGUGUGAAGCUUAUGGACUUCCAGGCCCACCGGCGGGGUGGCACUCUAACUAGAAAGCACAUAGCCCCAGCUUUCCAGCCACCACUCCCGCCCACAGAUGGCGGCACCUUGGCUCCUGCAGGCCCAGAGCCCCCUCCCCAGAGCUCUAGGGCUGAAAGCAGCGCAGGGGGUGGGACGGUCCCCUCCUCUGCGGGCACACUGGAGCAGGGGCCAAGCUCGGGCGACAGUCCACCAAAACCCAAGGACCCCGCACCUGUCCCUGCCCCGGCGAGAAACAGCAGUCAGAUGGCCACUGGCCAGAACCAGGCCCAGACCACGGCUGGCUCCCAUCAGCUCUCUGUCGGCCCAGGGCACAAUUCCGCAGGCCCUAGCCCGCACACUCUGCGCCGAGCUGUUAAAAAACCUGCUCCUGCACCCCCGAAACCAGGAAACCCACCUCCUGGCCAUCCUGGGGGCCAGAGUUCUCCAGGAACAUCUCAGCACCUACCCAGCCUGUCACCAAAGCCAACCACGCGAAGCCCUUCUCCUCCCGCCCAGCAUGUGGGCCAGGCCCCUGGCCAACCGUGCACCACCUCGCAGCCUUCUGCGCUCCGGAGGUACUCGAGCAGCCUGUCCCCGAUACAAGCUCCCAAUCACCCACCACCGCAGCCCCCGACGCAGGCCACACUGCUGGGGCACAGCAAACCGAGUAGCCAAGGCCCGCCCGCUCCCGUGGCUUUGCCCAGUGAGUCUGGACUUGAGCAGCCGCUUCACACCCCUCCCCAGACUCCAACGCCCCCCAGUACUCCACCUUUAGGAAAACAGAACCCCAGCCUGCCAGCUUCUCAGACCCAGGCGGUGAGUAAUCCCGAGAUGGCACAGCCACACACCGGAACCUUACCAAGACCGAGACCAGUACCAAAGCCGAGGAAUCGACCCAGCAUGCCUCCACCCCCACAUCCUCCUGGUGCCCACUCAGCUGGGGAUGGCACCCUCACCAACGCUGCUCCCACUGCCUCCAAAAUAGUCACGGACACCAGUUCUAGAGUUUCAGAGCCGCUUCGCAGCACCUUUCCUGACAUGCAUUCAGACUCAGCCAGCAAAGACCUGCCCGGACGCAUUCUGUUGGAUAUAGACAACGAUACAGAAAGCACCGCCCUGUGAAGAAAGCCCCGCCCCCUUCCCCGCCCCCUUCCACUGUGGAGCCCGGAACUGGGCAGGUGCAUGGUUCUCUCCGCAGACGAAACAGUGAAGAGCUUUCAGUGAAGGGAAAAAGAAGGUCUGGCAUGCAGGCCUUUGCCUUCCCACAGCCUCAGGAGAAGGUGGAGGCUGACACUUUAAGCUGAAUGAUCUGUGUCUUAGAAGAAGUUGGCUUUCUUUACACGGGAAAGAAAUCAUGCCAAAAAAUUUUUUUAAAAAAUUUUAAAAAGAAAAAAAAGAAAAAAGAAGUACCUAGAAUGGAAGGAGUAUUACUGCCGAGACACGCAUAGGAAGCUUUGUCACUGCCGUUGAGGCAGGUGGCACAAAAGGCAAUUUGGAAUGAAGAAGAAGUAGUGCGUGAACAAUCUAUUUAAUAAAAUAUAUGCAUUAUGCAAAUCGCCUACUUCCUGCUACUUGGACUUUCAUUCUUAUAUAUUAGGAAGGAGGUUCUUCUCCUUCACCAUUGCUGCAGAAUCGUUUUAUAUGAAGUAUGGUCGUCCCUCCCCGACCCCCUCCAAACCGUGAGCAUUGAUGGUGACUGCUGGAUCCGUCACCUCAGCAAGCUGGAUGUGACUUGUGCCUUGUUGGAUCGCCAGAAUGUAGAAGGAAAUGUACUGUUCUUUUUUUUUUAAUUUUAAACAGUGUAAUUGCUACUUGAUAAGGACCCGAACAUUAUUCUAGUUUCAUGUUUAAUUUGAAUUAAAUAUAUUCUGUGGUUUAUAUGAAAACUUUAUAAUUCUCGGAAGCAAAACUGUGGCUUGUGUGUGUGUGUGUGUAUGUGCACACGCGCGCAUGUUGUCACCUCACGAAACAGAAUUUGGCUGAACAUCAAAGAUCCCUGUGUCCCCAAAGUGCUUCUUGCACUUAAUAAUGUCAUUGAAAAUAUAUACCUAUAAACCCA